AAGUUGGGAAACCCCCAGAAAACUUCUAUAUAAAUAGAUUAGACAAGAAAGGAGAUCAACAUUUCACUUGUAAAUCAAUUCCCAAGUCAAGGCGGAAAAGGUCUACAAUGAUGUUGAUCAUUAUGAUUAUCACAACUCUUUUCUCAGGUGUCACCUGCCACAAGGGUCACCAUUAUCUCCCGGGCGAGGUCUCUCAUCAACAAUCAGCUUCUUUUCUGUUGGACAGAGAAAAAAGGGCCACAGAUUGCUUUAAUGAAUACGCCUGUGAGAGAGAUAAGCCAUCCUGCCAGAACCAGAAUGAACCUGUACGAGAGUCCUAUUGUUUAGGAUACAUUUGUCCCUCAGGGAUGACCUGCUAUCUGUCCACACCUUGUCCAGCUCACUAUACACGUAGCUGUAUCGCUGAUCCAUGUGCGAGUUUUCCAUGCGAACACGGUGGGACGUGCACCAAGCUCUCAGAUUCAACAUUCUCGUGUUCCUGUGUUCCUGGAUACAAUCCAGCUACAAAUUGCGCCACUGAAGUUAAUGAAUGUGACAGUAACCCGUGUCAAAAUGGCGCCACGUGUGUGGAUGAAAUGAACAGAUACUCAUGUAAUUGUAUACCAGGUUAUGUGGGCACCCACUGUGAAAUAGACAUUGAUGAGUGCCAAAGCUCACCCUGUCAGAAUGGCGGGAGUUGUAAUGAUUUGGUCAAUCGGUUUGAAUGCACCUGCUCAGGGCGAUAUAAUGGAACUGUUUGUGAAAAGGAUUGCCGACCUGGACCAACAGACAUUCUUUUUGUUGUGGAUUCUUCAGAGAGUGCGGAUUUUAACCGGUCCUUGGAUUUUGUGUCCAACAUCAUUCAAAACCUCUCGAUUGGGCCAAAUGAUUUUCAAAUAGCCAUGAUAACAUUUUCAUGGAACGCCACUUUGGAGUUUGCCUUUGAUGAUUAUAGUAACAAUCAGUCUCUUAUUGACGCUGUGAAGGGUGUCACGCCAGAAUAUGGUCCGACCUUUUUGACGGAAGCACUUACCUUAGCGGAACAGAUUUCUAGUGGUACAGCAAAUGGAAGGAGACCCUCCGUCCCAUGUUAUGUGGUGGUUCUCACAGACGGGCUGGCUACAGAUGUACAGGAAUACGUGACCCAGGCCAGACUCAUGCAGUGGCGAGGCGUCCGGAUGAUGGGGGUCGGGAUCGGUAGCUCAGUGUCUCAUACUGACUUAAUAACCUUAUCCUCUAACAUUGAUGACGUGUUCUCUCCCGAUAAUGACGAUAUGCUGAAUACCAUACUAAAAGAAACGUCACAUCAAGACUGCAAUGAUUGCAGCUUGCGUUCUGAUUGCGAUGUUAUAUUUUUGGUUGAUAUCACGCAGACAGGACAAGAACUUGCAUUUGUGAGUCGGACAAUGAGAGAGAUUUCGUCCUUCUUCAGUUUAGGCAUGAACAAAGCCAGAAUAGGCUUGAUGACGUUUGCCUCAAACGUCAGCAACCAAUUUUCUUUGACAACGCACACAGAUCAUAGCACACUGUAUCCGGCUCUGAGCAAAUUCCCACGAUUAGAAGAUGCCUCUGAUAUUGUAAACGCUCUAAGACAUGUCCGUAAUUUUGGAUUUGCUCCAUCAAACGGAGGGAGGUUUGAUUCACGGAAAAUAGUUGUUAUGUAUUCCACUGGGAAUUGGUCAGACUUUGGAACCUUGCAGUCCGAAUUGAAAAACUUAACGUCCGAUGGUUAUCGCUUGUUUAACGUUGUAACUAGUUAUGAUGAAGUUAAAGUGAAUACGUUGAUGAACCAUUUUGAACCCACCUAUGGUGUCACUUGCCACAAGGGUCAUCAUUAUCUCCCAGGCGAGAUCUCUCAUCAACAAUCAGCUUCUUUUUUGUUGGACAGAGAAAAGAGGGCCACAAAUUGCUUUAAUGAAUACGCCUGUGAGAGAGAUAAGCCCUCCUGUCAGAAUCAGAAUGAACCUGUGCGAGAGGAAUAUUGUAAAGGAUACACCUGUCCUUCAGGAACGGUCUGCUAUCUGUCCACACCUUGUCCAGCUCACUACGAGCUUAGUUGUAUAGCUGAUCCAUGUGCAAGUUUUCCCUGCGAACACGAUGGAACGUGCACCAAGCUCACAGAUUCCACAUUUUCGUGUUCUUGCGUUGCUGGAUACGACCCUUCAACAAAUUGCGCUACUGAAUUUAACGAAUGUGACAGCAAUCCCUGUCAAAAUGGCGCCACGUGUGUGGAUGAUUUAAACAGUUACAGUUGUAGUUGUCAAUCAGGAUACCAGGGCACCCACUGUGAAACAGAAAUAAACGAAUGUGACAGCAACCCCUGUCAGAAUGGUGCUACAUGUGUGGAUGAAUUGAACAGAUACUCAUGUACCUGUCAACCAGGUUACCAGGGCACCAAUUGUGAAACAGACAUUGACGAAUGUUCUAGUAAUCCUUGUCAAAAUGGCGCCCAGUGUGUGGAUUAUGUGAACAGGUACUCCUGUACUUGUGUACCAGGUUACCAGGGCAGCCACUGUGAGACAGAUGUUAACGAAUGCGACAGUAAUCCCUGUCAAAAUAGCGCCACGUGUGUUGAUGAAGUGGACAAAUACUCUUGUACAUGUCAACCAGGUUACCAGGGUGGCCAGUGUGAAACAGAAACAAACGAUAAUAGUAACCCAUGUCAAAACGGGGCCUCGUGUAUCGAUGAAGUCAACAGAUACACGUGUAGUUGUGUAUCAGGUUAUAUGGGCACCCACUGUGAAACAGAUAUCAACGAAUGCAACAGUAACCCUUGUCAAAAUGGCGCCCAGUACGUGGAUGAAGUGAACAGGUAUUCGUGUAACUGUGUUCCAGGUUACCUGGGUACCCACUGUGAAACAGACAUAAACGAAUGUAGCAGCAACCCUUGCCAAAAUGGCGCUACAUGUGUGGAUAAAGUAAACAGAUAUUCCUGUACUUGUGUAUCAGGUUACAUGGGUAUACACUGUGAGACAGAAAUUAAUGAAUGUGACAGCAACCCUUGUCAAAAUGGCGCCCAGUGUGCGGAUUAUGUGAACAGGUACUCCUGUACCUGUGUACCAGGUUAUAUGGGAACCAACUGUGAAAUAGACAUUGAUGAGUGUCAAAGCUCACCCUGUCAGAAUGGCGGGAGUUGCAAUGAUUUGGUCAAUCGGUUUGAAUGCACCUGCUCCGGGAGAUAUAAUGGAACUGUUUGUGAAAAAGAUUGUCGACCUGGACCGGCAGACAUUCUUUUUGUUGUGGAUUCUUCAGAGAGUGCAGACUUUAACCGGUCCUUGGAUUUCAUGUUCAACAUCAUUCAAAACCUCUCGAUUGGACCCGAUGAUUUCCAAAUAGCUAUGGUAACAUUUUCAUCGAACGCCACUUUGGAGUUUGCUUUUGAUGAGUACAGGGACAAUCAGUCUCUUUUUGACGCUGUGAAUGGUGUCACGCCAGAAUAUGGUCCGACCUUUUUGACGCAAGCACUUGCCUUAGCGGAACAGAUUUCUAGUGGUACAGCGAAUGGAAGAAGACCCUCCGUCCCGUGUUAUGUGGUGAUUCUCACGGAUGGGCUGGCUACAGAUGGACAGGAAUACGUGACCCAGGCCAGACUCAUGCAGUGGCGGGGCGUCCGGAUGAUGGGGGUCGGGAUUGGUAGCUCUGUGUCUCACACUGACUUAAUAACCUUAUCUUCUAACAUUGAUGACGUGUUUUCUCCAGAUAAUGACGAUAUGCUGAAUACAAUACUCAGAGAAACGUCACAUCAAGACUGUAAUGAUUGCAUUUUGCGUAAGGAUUCUGAUAUUAUAUUUUUGGUUGACGUAACACAGAAAGGACAAGAACUUGCCUCUGUGAGUCGCACUAUGAGGGAGAUUUCGUCUUUCUUCAGUUUUGGCAUGAACGAAUCAAGGAUAGGCUUGAUGACGUAUGCCUCAAACGUCACCAACCAAUUUUCUUUGACAACACACACAUAUCAUAAUACACUGUACCCGGCUUUGAGCAAAUUCCCACAAAUUGAUGAUGAUGCAGAUAUGAUAUACGCUCUUAGGUAUGUUCGCGAUAUUGGAUUUGCUCCCUCGAACGGAGGGAGGUUGGAUUCAAGGAAAAUAGUUGUUAUGUAUUCCAGUGGGAAUUGGUCAGACUUUGGAACCUUGCAUUCCGAAUUUAAAAACUUAAUGUCCGAAGGUUAUCACUUGUUUAACGUUGUAACUAGUUAUGAUGAAGCUAAAGUAAAUACGUUGAUGAACCAUUUUGAACCCACCUAUGGUGUAAUCAAUGCCAUGACAACAGAUUCCAAGUCAAGUCUUAAAACUUUUGCUGCAGAAGCGAUGUAUGAAAUCUGUGACAAAGAUAUCUUCAACAAACGAGCAAUAUGAAGGCACAAUCACAUUGCAAUCGAACUGGUAACAAUAUGUUUUCACUGGUCUGUUAGUGUAAGGGAUUGAUGAACCGAGUACUGAUGGCGAUAGACCUGAAGUUUUGUAAGUAAAAGGUUACAAGUCUCCAGGUUCAGAUUAAACAUGCACACGCACCAUAAGAUAGCUGUAUAACUGGUAAACUGUAACUAUUGAGAUCCACAAACCGGAACUAAUGUGGUCUUUACGAA